AUGGCCCUGACAAAGAGAAUACAGAGGAUAAUCAUAGUUAUUGCAAUCAUAAUAACUGUGAUAUAUUUCUCAGCUUUUAAAUCAACAAAAACCACAUCAUCAACAUCAAGAUCAUCAACAUCACAAGAUAAUUUUAAACCAAAAAUUGCUGAUUUCGGUGGGAAUCCAUUAGGUGAAGGUAUUGUUAAUGGUGAAUCAAAAGAUCAAAAGGGUUAUAAUUGGGUUUUCGAAUUAAUCAAUGCAAACAUUCCAAAAAAUGUUGGUAAAUUAACUGAAUAUAAGAAUAAUGAAAUUGCAAAAGAAAAAUUCGCUACAGAUGAUGAUUUUGUAUAUUCAAGAGAAUAUUUAUCAAAUUUAUUAAUAUUAAGUGAUGAACAACUAGAUAUUCUAAAGAAAACUCAUGAAUCUUAUAAAUCUUCAAUCUUAAAAGAUCAACAUAAAAGUUUCCAUUCUGAAAAUUCAAAACCAAAUGGUAAUGGUAUUGUUUUCGUUGGUGGGAUUAAAUUUUCUUGGUUAUCAUUCAUUGGAAUUCAACAAUUAAGAAUUCUUGGUUGUAAUUUACCAAUAGAAGUUUUCAUUGGUGAUGAAAAUGAAUAUGAAGAAGAAUUUUGUGAAAAUAUUUUACCAAAAUAUAAUGCUCGUUGUACAGUUUUACAUAAAGAAAUUGGUGAUAUUACCAAGAAAUUAGAUACCAAAAUAUCUGGAUAUCAAUAUAAAAAUUUAGCAUUUUUAGUUUCAAAUUUUGAAAAUAUUUUAUUUUUAGAUGCUGAUAAUGUACCAAUGAAAGAUCCAACUCCUUUAUUUAAUUCAAAAGUUAUGAAUGAUCAUGGACUUGUUAUAUGGCCAGAUGCUUGGGCAAGAACAACUCAUCCAAAAUAUUUUGAAAUUGCUGGUGUUGAAGUUAAAGAUCAAAUUAUUAGAGGUCCUUAUAAAGGUCAAGACGCAAAUUCAUUAAAUUUAGAAAAAGAUGUUUCUUUCCAUGAUUUAGAAAAUACUUUACCAAAUCCUUCAAGUGAAAGUGGUAUGAUUUUAAUAAAUAAAACAAAACAUUCAAAAACUUUAUUAUUAUCAUUAUAUUAUAAUAUUUUUGGUCCAAAACUUUAUUAUACUUUAUUCUCUCAGGGUUCUGCAGGUGAAGGUGAUAAAGAAACUUUUAUUGCUGCUGCAUUUGUACUUGGAAAUAAAUACUAUCAAGUUUUACAACCUUUUAAAUUUAUUGGUUAUCAUUAUGAUGGAAAUUUUAAUAGUAAAGCACUCGGUCAAGCUGAUCCAGUAACAGAUUAUGAAAAUUUCUUAAAAGGUUCACAUUUAGAUGAUUAUAAUAAUUUAAUUGAUGCACCAAACUCAGUAAAACCUGAUAUUUUUUUUAUGCAUUUAAGUUAUCCAAAAUUAAUUCCAUUUGCUCUAUUAAAUGAUGAUGAAAUUAUCAAAUCAAAAGAUCAGAAUAAACAUAUUAGAAUGUAUUUAUCAUCAACUGAAGCUGCUGGUUAUGAUUUUGAAUUAAGAAUUUUCCAAAUUUUAACUGCUGCAUUAUGUGAAGAUUAUAAAGAUUAUUCACCAAUUUCUGAAAGAUUAAUUGGAUUAAAAUUUAAAGAAUAUUGGGGUCAAGAUCCUAAAACUUUUUGUCCACAAUUAAUUGAUCAUGUUAAAUUUUUAAAAGAAAAUCCUGAAUAG